CGAGCGAUCUAUGCUCUACUCUACUUUGUGUUGUUGAUACGCAUAAGGCACCCUCCGGAUAAGCCCAAUGCUACGGCCAGAGCCAUUUGAGACCCCAUCUAUCUCUCAACUUAGCUCAUUGCUCCCAUUCUAAGAGACUAGUAAACUGUCCAAACCGCGCCUGCAACCAUGGAGAAGAGAGAAGCUGGUCAUGCCGGUGGAGUGGAGCCGUUCAUUGAACUCCCUAUGAACCCCCAGUCUCAGGACCUCGUCCUCAAACACGGGUAUAUUUGCCGCCGACCUCUAGGAGGCUUGCCGUUCGCCUUCGAUCUCCUCGCACAUUCCGCGCAGCUCUUCGAUGCGUACACCACGCAACAGGCUGAACAAAUGCGGGAGACAUGCAAGCCCGACUCAGGGCCAGUCUCUCGCUUCAUGGUGGAAAGGUUCGAAGAUAUCGCUGACGCAAAGACGAAGAAGACGCACCCGCACAUUGCGGUCCGCGAAGUGGACAUCGGCGAGCCAUACCGGCUCUGGUACCAGGCAAGCGCGCCUGGCAACAAUUCUGGCCGGCCCGGUGAUUCCUGGUACCAAGUAGAUGGCCGAACUUACGAAUGCUUCAAGCUGGACGGAUACCGAUGGACGAAGCAAAUCCGAGGAAGCGCCGUGGACAUUACUCUCGGCGAGCUAGUCGAUUUUGUGCGGACGCUGGAUUGGAAGGCGUAUGAUAUAGGGCAGCAUACUUGCCAUGAUGCCCGGGAGAAGAUCAUGGAGGCGCUUGGUGUCGCGAAGCCUCCUCAGCGUGCAUUCACACGCUUUACGGAGUUCUUGCGGCCGGCUAUUUCGUCCACGCAAGGGGCUUCGACGAGUACGAGUAAGUCCUCGUCGAGCAAUCGGGUGUGAAGGUCCUGUGGAACCAAACGCCUAUGCUCAGUACUAUCAUUGAGCGUCUAAGCCAACAUGUUGCACCGCCAUGAAAACACUUUUACUACUACUCAACAUAUGACGACUUUUCCAUAACCCA